UUGCCAGCCAGCGGAAGCGGAAGUAACAGGUUUCCGGCGGAGCGUCACUUUAGGGUCUGCAGACCUUCCUUGUACUUUACUACACAAAAGACAGAUCAGACCUGUUCAGGUGUUCAAAUGUCCUGAUGUUUAGAUCGUUACAUCGAUAAUUUGGGCCAGAUCUCGACAGAAUGCAUCGCAGAGGUGUUGGGGCUGGGGCGAUCGCCAAAAAGAAGCUAGCAGAGGCCAAAUACAAAGAAAGAGGAACUGUACUUGCGGAGGACCAGAUAGUUCAGAUGUCAAAGCAGCUGGAAACGUUCAAAUCCAACCUGGAGGAGUUUGCCAGCAAGCACAAGCAGGAGAUCCGAAAGAACCCGCAGUUCAGGGUCCAGUUCCAGGAGAUGUGUGCCACCAUCGGCGUCGACCCGCUGGCCUCUGGCAAAGGCUUCUGGUCUGAGAUGCUCGGCGUGGGCGAUUUCUACUAUGAGCUGGGCGUCCAGAUCAUUGAAGUGUGCCUCGCCCUGAAACACAGGAACGGAGGACUCAUCACCCUGGACGAGCUCCACCAGAGGGUGCUGAAGGGCCGGGGUAAAUAUGCCCAGGAUGUGAGCCAAGACGACUUGGUCAGAGCCAUAAAGAAGCUGAAGGUGAUGGGGAACGGUUUUGGGAUGAUUCCCGUUGGCGGUUCCUACCUGGUGCAGUCGGUGCCGGCAGAACUGAACAUGGAUCACACCGUGGUUCUGCAGCUUGCCGAGAAAAAAGGAUACGUCACUGUGAGCGAGAUCAAAGGCGGCCUGAAAUGGGAGAAGGAGCGGGCGUGUCACGUGCUGGAUCACCUGCUGAAAGAAGGCCUGGCCUGGCUGGACUCUCAAGCCAGCGGGGAGGCUCAGUACUGGCUGCCGGCGCUCUUCUCCGAGUUGACGUCCCGCGACGUCACGCCCGAGGAGGCCAACCAGAUGUCGCCGUAAAACAAGAUUUACGGGCGGAUGUCCUUACGUCUUCGCUGGCGGCGGCGUCGGCUGACCUGUUGCCUGGAAGAGCUGGUUCCCCGCCUGGGACUGAUGAACUGAUGGAUCAGUGUGGAAGACGGGGGCGUUCAUUUUUUUUUUUUCCCCCCCCUCUCCUUCACAGCUGCGGCGCGUUGCAAAAGUUUACUCACCUUGAACCUUCUCAGAUUUGUCACGUUACGACCACAAACUUCAUUUUAUGCGACCGCGCAGCACUAAGACGUCAGAGUUGAAGGAGGGAAGAUUUAUACGUGGUUUUCAAAACGAAAAUUAAAAAAAUUGUGCCGUACUUUUGCACAUCCACCUCUUAGCUGUAGUCCUCACCUGAAGCUCAUAGGAGACGGAUUUUAAUUCCCCCUAAUUUCCCGACUCAAGCUCAGUCAGAUGGGAUGACCGGUAUCUCUGAAGAGCAGCUUUAAAAUAUUGCUGAAGAUUAUCGCAUUUAGUUCUGGACUUUGACUGGGCCGUUCUAGCACAUUUCAUCUAAAGCAGGGUUCGGCAACCUUUACGAUCCUUUGGACCAUAAAAUGUAGUCUAGGGCAACAAAGCCUACACGAAACUAUAUACCGUAGAGUUGAAAGAGGCCCGCUUUGAUUUUUCAGAAUUAACAAAACCUGGAGACAUAAUUGAAUUAAAUAAAUAGGUCAUACACACCAUUUCAGCCAUAUGACUUGCAUGAUUCUUCCAUUUUAUUCUAUCAGAAAACAGAACUGAUCAAAUAUGCCCUCCUCAUUACCUUUCUAUACAAAAGCUAUUUUAUACACAAUUUUUUUUUUUUCCCACGCCUGCCCUGUAUUUGGCUUCAUCUUUAUUCUUCAUCAACUCUGACCAGCUCUUCUCUCCCUGCUGACGUAAACGACCCCCAUAGCGUGACGCUUCACCACGGAGAGGAGAGAAAAUGUGGGAAAGUUCAAGGUGGUGUGAAUACUUUGGCAAGCCAAAUUCUGUGUAAUCUUGGUUGAGUCUGUCUUUUUCUUCGUUAUUGGGGAAUAUCUCAGUGUGCUUAAUAUGUAAAUAUUAACAUUUUCUUGUAUAAAACCCUUUUAAAGAAAAACUUUACACCA